AGAAAUUACUGUCAGCCGGCACGGAUAGGACUUGGAAUACACUUGACAGCUGCAUGCACUUUUUGGUGAGGUUUAUGCAAUAGAAAACAAUGGAGAGAUGCGGUAAAUUCGGGCCGCUGUUAGGUGUUAUUUCGGUCGGAAACGUCUACUGUAAAUUUCUAGUUUAUGCGGCCCGAAACGCAGAAAUCCUCACAUGUCAUGAAAUCAAGUUGAAGCAGAUAAUUCCGCAGCCCGGAUGGCUUGAAUUCGAUCCGAAUGAACUAUGGGCGAAUGUGGUGGAGUGCAUGGAAGUCUCAUGUCGGAAUCUGAUUAUCCUCGACAUUGAUCCAGGCGAUAUCCUGGCCGUGGGCAUUUCAAACCAGAGAGGAUCCUGCCUGCUGUGGAAUAAGAGGACCGGGAACCCGCUUUGUAAUAUAAUCGCAUGGACUGACACAAGGACAUCAUCGGUGGUGAAAAAUCUCUUAUCCUCGCUUCGUGGAAAGAUCAAUUACCUCAAAUCCGUUUGCGGUCUUCCCAUCAGUACGUGCUUUAGUGCAAUAAAGCUGAAAUGGUUGCAGGAGAACGUGCCAUCGAUCAAUCAAGGCCUCUACGACAGAAACUGCUGCUUUGGGACCCUCGACUCGUGGAUUCUUUGGAACUUAACAGGUGGGACCGAUGAGGGCAAGCACGCCACGGAUGUUACGAACGCCGCAUACACGAUGCUGAUGAACUUGGAGCAACGAACAUGGGAUCCGAAGCUAUGCGCGUUCUUCCAGACCCCAUCUUACGUUUUACCUGAAAUCAAAUCCUGUUCCGAAAUCUAUGGAUUUGUACGGGACGGACCACUUCGCGGAGUGCCAAUCGCCAGCAUCAUGGGCGACCAACCAGCCGCACUGCUCGGCCAAUUGUGCAUCAAACCACAAAAGGGGACAUGCACGCUCGACGAAGGGUGCUAUAUUCUUUUCAAUACCGGCCAGGAGAUCAUCGAUUCGGACAACGGACUUUUGAGCACGGUAGCCUUCCAGUUGGGAUCCAAGCAGAAAACCUUUUACUGUUUAGAAGGAGCAGUACCAAAUGCCGGCGCGGCUGUGACGUGGUUGAAGGAAAGUCUCUAUUUGAACGUUGAACUGAAAGAGAGCAACGAAUCGUCGGGCAUUUUCAACACGUUCGCCGGGAACUCAACCAUGGCCUCAUCCGAUUAUUCUAGUCCAGUUUUCGCGAAUAGCUCAACGGGCGAACCCACGGCUGUGGCGACGGCCAACGCUAAACGUGGUGAUGUGGUAUUUGUUCCGGCUUUUUCGGGAUUAUACUCACCGUUUUGGAAGCAUGAUGCAAGGGGCUUGCUGCUUGGAAUCAAUUCCAACACAACAUCUGAAAAUAUCUUCCAUGCGGCCUAUGAGGCAACAUGUUAUCAGGCUCGUGAUCUUCUACAUUCAUUUCAUUGUGAUACAAAAACAUGGACGCCAUUAACCAAACUGAUAGUGGGCGGAGAGUUUAGUGAAAACGCUUAUUUACUACAAUUGUUGGCAGACAUAACGGGGCUAGUAAUUGAACGUCCCCAAACUACUUCGCCGUCGUGCUUAGGUGUCAUGCUAGCCGCGGGCACUGCUGUUGGCGUGAUAUCAUUAGAGAAUUCUUUGAGCAUGUACAUACCGCCAUCGGAUAUAUUUCAUCCUACAACAACGAUAAAUAGACGUGAAAUCUUACACCGUCGCUGGGAAUACGCCAUCAAGAAAUGCAUAAAUUGGGACAAUUUCGAGAACUUUGACGAAGAACUGGCGACAUUUACCCAACAAGAAAAAAAUCCGUAUUUAUCUGUACACAAUUCCAUUCCAGGAGGAUUAUUUUUAACAACUUCUUUUGUACUUUUAAUUAUUGCGAGAUUUUUACAAAGUAGUAACAUUUCGUAGGAAAUGACGAAGAAAUUGGCUUUGUGCAGACUAUAAAACUCUAGAAACAGAAACCUCGGCAAAAGAGCAUUAAGAAAAUUAGUGAUUGUUGCAGAUAUUUAUACAAUGUAUUCGAUAGGACGACGGAAUGAGAUUAGGGGAUGAAAAUAAACGUAGAACAAAAAUAAUUACUGUACACUAAGCGUACAUAAGUAGCGUAGAGUGCAUUUUUUAUGUACGAUAGGAUUAUGUGAAAGUAAUGCAAUGUUCGUUAUGAUGAUGAUAUUGGAUGUACAAAUUUUUAUGUCUAG